AUGGCAGCCGCCCGCGACAAACGCCGGAAGGAUGUAGCCGAACUCGAGCACGGACUCGAGCACAACGGCGACAUACGCCUCCUCCCAACGUCAACCGCACGCUCGUACGUGCGCCCGCGGUCCUGGCGUGCCCGACGCGUCCCGUGCGCACCCAUAACACGCACCGGUCGCGCCCGGCACGCCGCCACGGCUUAUUGCCCUGCACCGCUGCGGCCUCAACCACAGCGCAACACCUUCAUGCCGCCAUGUCGCUGUGUGUCGUUGAAGCCGCCACCUCGCAGGUCCUCCGCGGCCUCCUCACCGUGCUGCCGCAGCCACCGCGGCCUCCUCGUUGCGCCGCGCACCUCCAUAGACCGACACACGGCCUGGAGCAUCGCGCUGCCGCCGGCGAACUCCGCCACCGCCGGCACACCUCCGGCAAGGAGAACGAUGCCCAAGAUGAACCAGCUCAUGAUACCAAAUGUUGGAACCGCAGCCCUCUAG